UCUCUCUCUUCAUAUCGAUCUCUCACCCAAAUCUCUCUCCUAUGUCUCUCUGUCGCCCUAAUCCCCUCCCUCUCCUCUCUCUUCAUCUCUAUAUCUCACCCUCCUCUUUUUCUUCCCGCUCGCUCUCUCUUCCUGCUCUCUCUCACUCUCUCACGGCUGCCUUGGGCUCUCUCCAGCCGCAGCAACUCGAUAACCCAUCAGAUCUAGAGAUAGGGUCUGCGUUUCGAAAGAUUAAAAUGAGACUCGUGUUCAAAUCCCUCUCCAAGUUCUCUCACUUUUCCAUCCUGAUGUUGCUCUUGUUAGAAGGCUACCUUUUGAAUGAUAGAGACAAAGCGAUGUCUAUGGGUUUGGAGUUUUGCUGCUGGAGGUCUUAACUGGGCUGAAACCUUUUGACAGGUCUGGCAUCUCACCCUUGAGUUUCGUUUAAUACAUUCAUGUUUAUGAAUUGGCUUCGGUAUAUAUGUUCCAACCCCAAUUAUUAUCUUUCAUUGCAUUUGGUGUUUUCUUUCUUUUUUCUUUUUAAGACCAUUCCAUCUUUCCUUAAUGCUUUCAUGAGUUAAUAAUCAUAUCUUGAGUGCUUAAUCCUUUAAUCCUUUUUUUUUCUCUGUGAUGCCAGUGCAUGCCAUUCCAGCCUUGCUUUUCAUUUGUCUCAACAUUUAAUUCUCUAUUGGUCU